UGUUUAAAUCACUAGUGCACAUUGGGUGGCACAUUUGGUCGAAAAUCGUGGCCUGCGGAAUAUGAGUGAAAAUACGUUGAUUAGGACAAGGAAGUUUAUGUCAAACCGCUUGCUAUGUCGCAAGCAAAUGGUUGUGGAUAUUUUGCACCCAGGUCGUUGCGUUCUUUCAAGGAGUGAGAUCCGGGAAAGGCUAGCGAAGACCUAUAAAACUUCACCGGAUGUUGUGUUCCCGUUUGGUUUUCGCACACAUUUUGGUGGAGGAAAGUCGACAGGGUUCGCUCUUGUUUAUGAUUCCCUGGACCACGCUAAGAAGUUUGAACCCAAGUUCCGUCUUGCUAGGAAUAAUUUGGUAACGAUACCACAAAAAGGAAGAAAGAUAAGAAAGGAAAGGAAGAACAAGGCUAAGAAGAUCAGAGGAACAAAACAAAAGAAAACAAAGAAGGACUCUUAAGCAUGUCGAAGAAAACGUGAAAUAAAUGGUCUGAAUUCGUAUAUAUUUUUUGAGUAGUUUGAAGGAACGGUUUGUUGACUUUGGCAGUAAUCGCACGAAAGUUAGUGUCCGCCAGUACUGAGUAUGACAUUAGUAUCUGGCACAUUGUUUAUUUACAGUG